GGUGAUUGCCGGACUGGGGCAUCACUCCAGAGACCAAUUUAUCUCAGAAGGUGGGGGCCUGAGCGCUCUAAGGUGAAUGAAAAGUACAUGACAAGAAGACGCUCCUCAUAGCCUAUCAAGGGUCUGCAUGACUUAUACUCAUUAACAAGAUAUCCAGGCGUCUGUCUUGAUUCUGAUGAAGAAACAGCUGUCACAUAGGCUUAGCCCACAGCAACAUCAUCUAUCAUGGCAAGGAAAGCUGUGCUGUUCACCUGUGCAGUCUUCCUCUUUAUUUUGUCUGAAUCAAUGUCCGCUCCUAAGAAUAAGUUGAUGGCAAGAAAUUGGGGGCCCCAGUCAAUGUUGUAUCUCAAAGGCAGACAUGGGAGAAGAUUUGUGUCAGACUACGAAGAGCAAUAUCAGAAGAUGAACCUGGAUACUUGGAAUGCAAUCCUUAAAAGGUGUCUUUUUGUUUUUGGAACUGAAAACAAGUAUACAAACCUUCUAUGGGACUUAGGUUUCAAGAGAAAGAAAACUCGGUGGGCUUCAUAGAUAAGGUUACAGAAUAUAUUUUCUGCGAAAAUAAAGAAUAUUCGAAGAUAUUCAUCCAUUUGGGCUCACCAAACUGAAUAAUAUAGUCAUUAAAGGAAAUCUGUCAUCAGUAUCAACCGCACUAACCUGUCAUACAGUCUUGUAGUUCCGGUGAUACUGAUCAAAUUGAUACUUAC